CAGAACGGAACUUUCCCACCUGUCUACCAAACAUGACUGCUUCGCUCAGAAUGUUGAGGGUUCUCAGAUCUUCCGCUCCCAGAUUCUUGACUAAAGGCCGUCGUCGUACCUUUGCUGCUCCUCCUCCUCUUUACAUCGAUGGUACUAAAGUUCCCUUCGAGAAAAUCCAGAUUCCAACGAAAUGGAAACAGAGAAAAAAUACAUUUGAUGGAUAUUUUGUUGGCAAUGGUGAGGGCAACGCUCCUGGAAUUGUUCUGCUUCAGGACUGGUUGGGUGUGGAUUAUCAUGUCAUAAAUCAUGCUUUGAGGAUUUCUCGGCUUGGCGGUGGAUUUAAAGUUCUUAUUCCAGAUGUGUACGGAGGAAACCAAGACCAAUUGUUUAAAGGUUAUGAUUGGAAAGGUGCUAUGUUUAAAGUUCAUUCUUCAGUUGAAUGGCUUAAGACCAAUGGUUCAAAGAAGGUUGGUGUAGCUGGCUUUUGUAAGGGGGGUGCUCUCGCUGUUACGUGCUCUUCCUUUUUUCCACCUGUUGAUGCUGUUGUAGCUUUCUAUGGCAUUCCUGGUUUCUUGCUUGCCAAUUCCCAUUGUCCUGUUCAGGCUCACUUUGGAGAGCUGGAUGAUCUUGUUGGCUUUUCGGAUGUCACGGCUGCGAAGAAAUUGGAGGGGAAAUUGAAGGAAUCUCGAGUUCCACAUGAGGUGCACAUAUAUCCUGGCUACAGACACGCAUUUAUGAACGGAUCUUCAAAAAGAAUCAAGAGGUGGAAUGGCAUGGGAUUGCCUGAUGAAGAUGAAAUUGCAGUUCAACUAGCCCGGUCUCGGCCAGAUGAAGAUGAAAUUGCAGUUCAACUAGCCUGGUCUCGCUUCGAGACAUGGAUGACAAGGUUCUUGUCUAGUUAGAUAAUCUCGAUAGGCGAGGGACCUCAAACCUUUAUUAUUUGUUGUUGUGGUUGAUGUUUCCUUUAAAUUACAGUGGAACCGAUGCUGGAUCCAUUUGGUAUUUGAGUAAUUGGUCAUAGAAUUUGUUUUUUUUGAAAAUUGGAUCCUUCCGUAAUGGAGAGGGCUGUCUUUUAUUAAUUGGCGUGGAUGCCAACUUGGUUGUCACAUA